UUAUUCCCCGUUUAUAUGGCACAGCGACUUCCGCUCUUGCCGUUAAAGCGGAGUGGAGAUCAUGGCGGAGCGCGUGCAGCAGCCCCCAGCUAAGCGGUUCUGCUGCCGACCCGGUUAUAGCACAGCGUGUCGACAGGGGCUGCGGGCCGGCGGAGCAGUAUGCGGCACUUCGGCUUCGGCUCAAGGGGGAACGGGCAAGACCCCGGAGUCGCUCUUGGACAUUGCAGCGCGCAAAGUGGCCGAAAAAUGGCCCUUUCAGAGGGUGGAGGAGCGCUUCGAGCGGAUCCCAGAGCCCGUUCAGAGGCGGAUCGUGUACUGGUCUUUUCCGAGGAGCGAACGGGAAAUCUGCAUGUAUUCCUCGUUCAACACCGGCGGUGAGGAGACCGCGGCGGCCGGGGAAGGAAGCGAUGAGACCCGGCUGCCUUUCCGUCGAGGCGUCGCGCUGCUCGAGAGCGGCUGCGUAGACAACGUACUCCAAGUCGGUUUUCAUCUCAGUGGCACAGUGACGGAACCCGCCACGCCGUCCGAACCAGAGAUGGUAUGCAGCGUGGCCAUCAGUUUUGACCGCUGCAAGAUCACGUCAGUCACGUGUAGCUGUGGCAACAAGGACAUUUUUUACUGCGCGCACGUGGUAGCACUGUCACUGUACCGCGUGCGGCGGCCCGAGCAGGUCAAACUGCACUUGCCCAUCUCUGAGACGCUCUUCCAGAUGAACCGCGAUCAGCUCCAGAAGUUUGUCCAGUACCUCAUCACCGUGCACCACACAGAAGUGCUGCCCACCGCACAGAAACUCGCAGACGAGAUCCUCUCGCAGAACUCCGAGAUCAACCAAGUACACGGAGCCCCGGACCCCACGGCAGGAGCCAGUGUGGACGAUGAGAACUGCUGGCAUCUUGAUGAGGAGCAGGUUCGGGAACAGGUCAAACUCUUUCUGUCCCAGGGGGGAUACCACGGCUCAGGCAAACAGCUCAACCUCCUCUUCUCAAAGGUGAGAGAGAUGCUGAAAAUGCGUGACUCAAAUGGGGCUCGCAUGUUGACGCUGAUCACAGAGCAGUUUAUGGCAGACCCGAGGCUGGCGCUGUGGAGGCAGCAGGGCACUACCAUGACGGACAAAUACCGCCAACUCUGGGACGAACUCGGUGCGUUGUGGAUGUGUAUCGUGCUGAAUCCUCACUGUAAGUCCGAGCAGAAGGCCUCGUGGCUCCGGCAGCUCAAGAAGUGGAACGGUGUGGACGUUUGCCCCUGGGAGGAUGGUAACCAUGGCAACGAGCUUCCCAAUCUGACCAACGCUCUGCCUCAAGGUGCCCACGCCAACCAAGAAUCGAGCACUCGGCCUCACAGGACAGUUUUCACAAGAGCCAUUGAGGCCUGUGACCUCCACUGGCAGGACAGCCACCUGCAGCACAUCAUCAGCGAUGACCUCUACACCAACUACUGCUACCACGACAGCACUGAGAACUCCCUGUUCGACUCUCGCGGCUGGCCCCUCUGGCACGAACACGUGCCUACAGCCUGUGCCCGGGUAGACGCCCUGAGAUCACACGGCUACCCGCGAGAGGCUCUGCGUCUGGCCAUCGCCAUCGUCAACACCCUGCGCAGACAGCAACAGAAGCAGCUGGAGUUUUUUAGGAAGCACAAAAACGAAACACUCUAUAAAGGGAUGACCUCCAUCACGAAUCUGGAGGGCUGGGUGGGCCACCCCUUGGACCCCAUCGGCACGCUGUUCAGCACGUUGAUGGAGUCGGCCCGCGGCGUCGAGGAGAGCUCAGCAGAAUUCUCAGCAGGCACAACGAGCUCCAGUAAGCAUGGCGAUGUGAAUAUGUUCCCCACGGCACGCCGCUUCCUGGAGGAGGGAGAGUCCUACCUGGCGCUGGCUGUGGAGACUGCUCUCAUGGGCCUCGGGCAGCAGAGGAUCAUGCCCGAAGGCCUGUACGCCCAGGAGAAAGUGUGCCGUAACGAGGAGCACCUCAUUGCCAAGCUGCAGGAGGUGGAGCUGGACGACACACUGGUCAAGAUCUUCCGCAAGCAAGCCGUCCUCCUGCUGGAGAGUGGGCCCUACAGUGGUUUGGGGGAAAUCAUCUGCAGAGAGAGUGUUCCAAUGCACACAUUUGCCAAGUAUCUGUUCACCUCCCUCCUACCUCACGAUGCCGAAUUGGCAUACAAAAUUGCACUGAGAGCAAUGCGGUUACCAGUAAUGGAAGCCGUUGCUCCUUCCGGAGACAUGUCCCGGCCUCACAACAUAGUAUCCGUUGUGCCCAACCGCUAUGCGCGAUGGUUCACCAUCAGCCACAUCGAGUCCCAACAGUGUGAACUGGCCUCUACCAUGCUCACUGCAGCCAAAGGUGACGCCCGAAGGUUGGAAACAGUAUUAGAAUCCAUCCAGAAGAACAUCCACUCCUCCUCGCACAUCUUUAAACUGGCACAGGAUGCCUUUAAAAUAGCCACGCUCAUGGACAGCCUCCCUGACAUCACGCUGCUGAAAGUGUCCCUGGAGCUGGGCCUUCAGGUCAUGCGAAUGACUCUCUCAACUCUGAACUGGCGCAGGCGAGAGAUGGUACGAUGGUUAGUCACUUGUGCCACAGAAGUUGGCGUGUACGCACUGGACAGCAUCAUGCAGAGUUGGUUUGCGCUGUUUACACCGACGGAGGCAACAAGCAUCGUGGCAACGGCGGUGCUGUCGAGCAGCACAGCGGCACGUCUGCGUCUGGACGCCCGGCAGCAGGAGAAGCUGGCGAGCAGUGCGCGGACGUUGGCGCUCCAGUGUGCCGUCAAGGACCCAGCUAGCUGUGCCUUGUCCGCAUUGACUCUGUGCGAGAAGGAACCCGCAGCUUUUGAGACAGCUUACCAGAUUGCUCUGGAUGCGGCUCCAGCGGCCAUGACCCACGCACAGCUCUUCACUAUCGCACGCUACAUGGAGCACCGGGGCUAUCCAGCACGUGCCUACAAGCUGGCAACAUUGGCCAUGACUCAUCUGAGCCUGGCCUAUAACCAGGACACGCAUCCGGCCAUUAAUGACGUGCUGUGGGCGUGCGCAUUGAGCCACUCUCUGGGUAAAAGCGAACUGGCCGCCAUCAUCCCACUAGUUGUGAAGAGUGUGAAGUGUGCUACAGUGCUUUCAGACAUUUUGCGGCGCUGCACACUCGCCACGGUGCCAACUCCGCCUCUGCACGGGCGCAGAAACACCACGCCCAAGUUGAUGUCGCUGGACAAGGCGCCUUUGCGCCAGUUACUGGACGCCACGAUCGGAGCCUACAUCAACACAACGCACUCACGACUCACGCACAUCAGCCCGCGCCACUACGGAGAGUUCAUAGAGUUCCUGGGGAAGGCGCGCGACACUUUCCUCAUGGCGCACGACGGCCAUGUGCAGUUUGCACAGUUCAUCGACAACCUGAAACAGAUCUACAAGGGCAAGAAGAAACUUAUGAUGCUCGUCCGCGAGAGGUUCGGUUGAUACCAGAAGGUCUCCCUUUCCCUUUUUUUUCGACUCGAGUCUCCCUCUUUCUAAACAAAAGCAAAAAGAAGGAAAAAGCGGAACACAAACAAACAGAAAGAACGUUAAAAGCCACACCGGUAUUAUAUGUAUAGACUUUCUUUAGUUUGCAGAAAAAAGGAAAAAUCGUCACAUUGUGAAAGUUUUGUGUGUUUCCCUUUAUUUGUAUGGAAGUACGUGAGAGCAAACGCUAGAGAGAGAGAGAGAGAGAAAAAGACAGAGUGAGGAAAGAAAAGAAACGUUUUGGUUUACACUGAGUAUAUGUUGUUCAGUGGCGAAAGCCCACAUAGCACUCCAGAUAUCUGUCAACAUUCACAGCCUCAAAGAGAAAGAAAUAUGGCUUUAAACCAAACAAAGCACCUCCAUCCUAAGUGAAAAGUACCUCGUAUGGCUCCAGCUUUACCCCCUUCCCUUCCUAAACCAUUUAAACGUUUAUCAGUGUACUAAAGUGUUCAAUACGAAGAAAAACAACUUAAAGAACCAGUUUGGGUUACUGUUUUUUUUUUUGUUUGUUUGUUUGUUUUUUUCAUUUCCUUCUCUUUGUUUGUUUUGGGUUUGUUUUUUUUUUUCUUUCCUCGUACCAGGCUCGUUGUGUGGCUUUGCAGUGCUGUUCCUCCAUAAGCAUGUCACAUACACACACAGAUGCUCACAGAACCUUCUGACAAACCCUGCUGAGCUUGCGCUUGUGGAAACUUCGCGACUGUCGACAUACAUUCUCAGGGAUUUCUCAAGAAAAAAAAGGAAAAAAAAGAGAAAAAUGAACAUGGUUUAAAAAAAAAAAAAAGAAAGAAUGAAAGCAUUUUAUUGUACUGUAUAUAUGAUAGUAUAUGUCUGAAUAUUGAAAAAAAAAAUGUAUACAUUAACUAAUUUAUAAAAGAAUAUUCUAUGUAAUGCAAAAUACUUGAAGCUGCAGUACCUUGGUUUAAAACGAAACAUAUCAGAGGGACUAAAAAAAAAAAAAAAAAAUAUUUAAAAAAAGCGCGCCUUGCUUCAGGGGCUGGAAUUGGGCAGUGAGCUUGGAUGCUGGUACCUAUGCAGAGCCACUUAUCCAACUGCAUGAUCCAACUGGUAUGUCGAAACCAUGAAUGCGUUCGGGGUUUUGUAUGUAUAUACAAACGUUUGUGUAUCGGGUGAACAGCAGAACUGUACAGGGCACAGUGUUUGUUUAUAGAGCGGUGAAGCCAGAGCAACAAGCCUUAGCAUUAAUACAGAAUAGAGAAUGCAAGAACCGCAGGCCCACGUGCCUCAAAAAAAAAAAUUAAAAUCUCGCCUAGAAACGUAGAUCAUGCAGAAACAGACUUAUAGUCAUUUGCAAGCAAACACCACACACUCCACACACACACACACCCCGACAUGUGCAGUUAAAAUUGGCUUGACCACAUUCGUAGUUUCUUUCCACAGAAAAUCAAGUCACAGAGAAGCUCCGUGUUUAUGCACAAUAACACGUACACGCCUAUUCUGCUGACAUCUUGACAAAAAGUUGCUGUGUAGGUCUGACUGUUCUGACAUUUGUAAUGCUUUUUUUUUUAAUUUAUUCUUUUUGUUGUUGUUUUACUUUAUUUUUUUUUUAGUUUAUUUCGUUCUUCUAGAAUUCCUCCAACAAGAACAGCCUUCUUUCUUGCCUUGUCUUAACGCUUUAAAAUAACCAAACUGGAGUUCUAACUACCAAACCUGUUUCAUUAAAAUGAAAGCCAACCGACUUCGGUUCCAACUUUUUAGUGUCUUUAAUUUUAGCUUGAAUGGUUCUGUACCUUGUGCUUUAAAAAGCCGUUUUUUCCUGUGUUUUUUUUUUUUUGUUUUUUGUUUUUGUUUUGUUUUGGUGCAAAACGUUGUCAAGUGUCUCUUGUUCCCUUCCUUAGAGGUAUGUCUGUAGCUCUUUCUUUUUUUCUUUUUUUUUUGUU